GCCUGGCUUACUUUCACUGUUGUCAUUGCUAUAUCGCGUUAUCGUUCUUACGUCAUGUACCUUGGGGGUGGGAUGCACAAUUUCUAAACAUAAUACACCGAUCAGAUCAGCAAUAACAUGAUAAAGAGGGCCAUAGAAAAUUAAACGCCAUCAAGACCCAGAUCCUGGUUCUGAGGGCCGUACGUGAAUGAUGACACUAAAAUACACAGCGUAACGGAUUUAUUGGUGUAUAUUUCAGAACUGCAGUUUUUGGAGUUUAUAACUGCUACUGCAUCAACCAUCGACGCAGAUUCAGACUCAACUAGAUGUUGUGAUAUAUUCUGUGAAUGAUUCGACAUCAAAUCUUUUACAAACCAGUCCAUAGAAAAGAGGACACCAUUACAAUACCCCCUGAACAUUUUCGUCACAUCGAAAAUGCAUAGAAGAAGUUCGUACCUAAAAUUUAUUUGCCUUACGUGUUUAGUGAUAUUUACAUUGAUGUUUUUAACAAUGCAAAAUGAAAAGAAUCACAUUUCCAUGUUUAUUGAGGAUAUGGUUGUCGAAGAUGCCCCAAUGAAGGGAUUAAGGACAUUUUACUUAGACUCCCAAACCAGUACAAGUGACAGAGUGAUAAAAACAAAAACGAGAUACCCUGCCGGGAUGCAUGCACCUUUUCUCAUAAAUAACCGAAAUAUGUGCAGGAAAUACGAAAAAAUAUCUGCUCUUGUUAUGGUACACACUUCUGUUGGGAAUUUCUGGAGACGAAAGGAAAUGAGGAGAACCUGGCUCAAUAGUUCCCAUUAUAGUCCCGAAAACCUGCAGGUGAUAUUCUUGGUUGGUACGACGAGUAAUAAAACAGCGACAAAACUGUUAAAGAGUGAGAAUAAAAAGUACCACGACAUCAUACAAGGUGAUUUUGUGGACUCUUAUAGAAAUCUAACAAAUAAAGGAGUGAUGGGAUAUCGAUGGAUCACAGAAAAUUGUAUGAAUGCAGAAAUAGUCAUCAAAAUUGACGAUGAUGCAUUUGUUAAUUUCUUCAAGUUUUUUGAAGAUUUUUCAUUCUUGAAACAGCGGAAGCGAUUUAUGUUUUGUAACAAAAUAAAUCCAAAUUCAAUGCCAAUCAUAAGGCAGCCUUCCAGUAAGUGGUUUGUAAGUGAAUGGUUUUAUAAAGGGCGUGACACGUACCCCCACACAUACUGUAGCGGGUUUGUAGUGUUUAUAUCUACUGACCUAAUUCCAGCCCUUUACCAGGCAGUGUUCACUGCCCCAUUCUUCUGGGUCGAUGACUUCUAUUUGUUUGGAUUGCUUCCAAGCCGAGUAAAAAAUGUGAUACACGAAAAUUUUCGAGGAAACUUAACAUUUAUGCACCCAGAAGGCUUGAAAUGUUACAAGGAAUUGAAAAGAAAGUGUAAAUAUCUUGUAAUGCCUGCAAGAGACAAAGAAUUGGACGUUAUGUGGAAGGCGGUGAUUGCAGAUAGACAACAAAGCAUAUACGGAAACUAUUAUAUGAGGGAACGAUCUAUUUAUUAAUGUAUCAGGAAUAAGUAAGAUAACCUCAAACUUGUAUUAACUGAUAAAUAGAGUAAAAAACAUAAAAAACACUAAAGCCGAUCUGCAGUUUAACUGGCAUCGUGUUGAUUUUGUAUGUUUUAUCUGUUUCAUAUGCAUAAUUUAGUCAAAAGUACUAUUUAUUAUAAUGAAAUUGUUAGAUACUACUUGCUAAUGUUUCUAAACUCUUAAAUAUAUAAGAGUUUAUAAAUUA